AUGCCGUGGCUGGAGAUGUGGCUGCCGGCCGCGGGCGAGGGGGCGGCGGCGGGGCUGUUCCUCGACGCCGGCGACGCGGCGGCGCACGGCGCGCUCCUCGCGGCCAUGCCCGGCUGCUCGGCCUCCUUCGGCGUGCCGCGGCGGCGGCGUGGGAGGGCGCGGCCGGGGUUCCUCUCGAUGACGAUGUCGGUCAAGGGGGGCAGGGGGUUCGCGCCGGCCCCCGUGGGGCUGCUCACGAGCGGGGAUGAGAAGGGCGGAGGGGCGGAGGUCGCGGAGGGGCUGGUCGCCGGGAGGGGCGCGGAGGGGCUGGUGCUGGUGGAGGCGGAGGCGGACGGGAAGCUGACGGAGGAGAAGGAGGCUCAUUCUGGGGCCGGCGCCAUGAACACCACCAAGCAUCUCUGGUCUGGAGCCGUCGCCGCCAUGGUCUCAAGAACAGUUGUUGCUCCCCUUGAGAGGCUAAAGUUGGAGUAUAUAGUUCGUGGUGAGCAGAGGAAUCUAUUUGAGCUUAUCCAAGCGAUUGCAACAACGGAAGGAUUGAAAGGCUUUUGGAAAGGGAACUUAGUCAAUAUCCUCCGUACUGCUCCAUUUAAGGCGGUCAACUUCUAUGCAUAUGACAGUUACAGAAAGCAACUUCUCAAAUGGUCUGGUAAUGAAGAAACAACCAAUCUUGAGAGAUUUAUCGCUGGUGCUUCUGCUGGUGUUACAUCAACGAUAAUGUGCAUACCCAUGGAUACGAUUAGGACAAAGAUGGUUGCCCCUGGCGGUGAAGCAUUAGGUGGGGUUAUUGGUGUUGCCCGCCACAUGAUCCAGACUGAAGGGUUGUUCUCACUGUACAAGGGAUUAGUGCCUUCUCUUAUUAGCAUGGCACCCUCUGGCGCUGUAUUCUACGGGGUGUAUGACAUACUGAAGAUGGCUUAUCUGCAUUCACCCGAAGGAAAGAGGAGAAUAUCAAUGAUGAAACAACAAGGUCAAGAGGCAAAUGCAUUAGAUCAGCUUGAGUUGGGCACUGUUAGGACGUUACUCUAUGGGGCCAUCGCUGGGUGCUGCGCUGAGGCAGCCACAUACCCUUUUGAAGUAGUUAGGAGACAGCUACAGUUGCAAGUCAAAGCAACAAAGAUGAAUGCACUUGCAACAUGCCUAAAAAUUGUUGAUAAAGGUGGAGUACCAGCACUUUACGUUGGCUUGAUCCCCAGCUUGUUUUCAGGUUCUGCCAUCGGCAUCUAUCAGCUAUUUUGUAUACGAGCUAAUGAAGAUAGUCCUGAAAGUGGAAUGAGUGCAAGUUGA